CCCAAGGAAUCUUCUGUAAGCCAUGAAGGGGUUCACACAGGAGAGAAACCAUUCUCGUGUUUGGGGUGCGGGGAAUCGUUCAAGAUGAAAUCCGAACUUCUUAUACAUCUCAGAUCUCACACCAGUGUGACCUUUUCAUGCCCAGAGUGUGGAAAAUCCUUCACUAAAAAAAGAGAACUUGUCAUACACCAGAAAACUCACAAGAAUGAGAAUCCUCUUUCGUGUUCAGAUUGCGGGAAACUGUUCACUGUGAAAAAAAAACUGCUGGCACACCAGAGAAUUCACAGGGCUGACCGUCCUCAUUCAUGUUCAGAGUGUGGGAAAUGUUUCACCGAGAAAAGUAGGCUUCUAACGCACCAGAGAAGUCACACAGGGGAGCGUCCUUAUCCAUGUGAAGAGUGCGGGAAACGAUUUACCAAGAAAUGCAUACUUUUAUCACACCUUAGACUUCACACGGGUGAGCGUCCGUUCUCGUGUGCAGAGUGCGGGAAAAGUUUUAACCAGAAGGGAAGCCUUAUUGCUCACCAGGGCAGUCACAAAGGCGAGUGGCCUUUCUCUUGUUCGGAGUGCGGGAAAAGCUUCACAUGGAAAGAAAGCCUUCAGAGACACCAGAGAACUCACAUGACCGAGCGUCUCUUUCCGUGUUCAGAGUGCGAUAAAAGUUUUACCGAGAAGGCGAAACUUCGCCGGCACCAGAGAACUCACACAGGCGAGCGUCCUUUUGCAUGUUCAGAGUGUGAAAAAAGUUUUACUCGCAAAGAACUACUUACCGAGCACCAGAGAAGUCACACGGGGGAGCGCCCUUUCUCUUGUUCGGAGUGCGCGAAAAGUUUUUCCCUUAAAGGAAAUCUGAUUAGACACCAGAACCUUCAGCCAGGGAGAAGUUCAUUUCCAUGUCCAGAGUGUGGGAAAUCCUUUGCCGAAAACAGAUACCUGCUUAGACACCAAAAAGGCCACCGUGGCGAGCGUCCUUUCUCGUGUUCAGAGUGCGGGAAAAGAUUUGGUGAAAAACAAACCCUUGUUGUACACCAGAGAAUUCACACGGGCGAGCGUCCUUAUUCGUGUUCGGAGUGCGGAAAAAGUUUCACUGAGAAAAAAGUACUUCUUGCACACCAGAGAAGUCACACAGGCGAGCGACCUUUCCCUUGUUUAGAGUGCGGGAAGUGUUUUACCCAGAAAUCACACCUUCGCAUACACCAGAGAAGUCACACAGGCGAGCGUCCUUUUUCCUGUUCCGAUUGCGGGAAAAGUUUCGCUCACAAAAGCGCACUUCUUGCGCACCAAAGAACACACACUGGCGAAAAUCCUUUUUCGUGUUCAGAGUGUGGAAAAUGUUUUUCUCGGAAAGAAAGCCUUUUUGGGCACCAGAAAAUUCACACGGGUGAACGUCCUUUUUCGUGUACAGUGUGUGGGAAAAGUUUUGCUCAUAAAGGAAAACUUCUUAGACAUCAGAGGAUUCACACAGGCGAGCAUCCUUUCUCAUGUUCAGAGUGCAGAAAAUAUUUCUUUAAAAAAAGAGAUCUUGUAAUGCACCAGAGAAUUCACACCGGCGAGUGUCUUUACUCCUGUUCAGAGUGCGGGAAAUGUUUUAUUCAGAAAAGCGUGCUUCUUUCACACCAGAAAAUUCACACGAGUGAUAAUCCUUUUUCAUGUUCAGACUGUGGGAAAUGUUUCACUGAGAAAGAAAAGCUUCUUAUACACCAGAGGAGUCACACAGGCGAGCAUCCUUAUUCAUGUUCAGAGUGUGGAAAAUGUUUCACUGAGAAUGCAAAACUUCGUAGACACCAGAGAACUCACACAGGUGAACGUCCCUUUUCCUGCUCGGAGUGCAGCAAAAGUUUCACUCAGAAACAAGUACUUAUUGAACAUCAGAGAAUUCACACAGGUGAGCGCCCUUUCUCUUGUUUAGAGUGCAUGAAAAGUUUUGUUCAGAAAGGAGACCUUGUUAGGCAUCAGAGAAUUCACACGGGAGAGCGUCCUUAUUCAUGUUCAGAUUGCGGGAAGCGUUUUACUCAGAAAAUUGUACUUAUUACACACCAGAGAAUUCACACGGGUGAAUUGCCUUUCUCUUGUUCAGAGUGUGGUAAGCGUUUCUCUAGGAAAGAAUACCUUGCUAGUCACCUGAGAGUUCACACAGGUGAGCCUCUUUUCUCAUGUUCAGAGUGCGGGAAAGGUUUCAAUCAGAAAGGAAAACUUGAUAAGCACCAGAAAAUUCACACAGGGGAGCGUCCUUUCGGAUGUACAGAGUGUGGGAAAUGUUUCAUUCAUAAAGGAGAUCUUGUUGUUCACCAGCGAAGACACACGGGCGAGCGUCCCUAUUCCUGUUCAGAGUGUGGAAAAAGUUUCCUUCAAAAAGCUGUACUUAUUGAACACCAGCGGAUUCACACAGGCGAGCGCCCAUUCGCUUGUUUAGAGUGUGGGAAAUGUUUUGCUAGAAAAGUAAGACUUCUCAGACACCAGAGAAUUCACACAGGCGAGCGCCCUUUCUCUUGUUUAGAGUGCGGGAAAUAUUUUAUGCAGAAAGACAACCUUCUAAGACACCAGAGAAGUCACACGGGUGAGCGUCCUUAUUCAUGCUUGGAGUGCGGGAAAAGUUUCAUACAUAAAACCCACCUUCUAGAGCACGAAAGAAUUCACACAGGUGAGCGUCCUUUCGAUUGUUCAAAGUGUGGGAAGUGUUUUACUCAGAGAGGACAACUUAUUAGACACCUGAGAAUUCACACAGGUGAGCGUCCUUAUGCCUGUUUAGAUUGUGGGAAAGGUUUUACUCAGAAAGGGCAACUUGUUAGACACCAGAUUAGUCACACAGGCAAGUAUCCUUUUCCGUGUUUAGAGUGCGGAAAAUGUUUCAUUCAGAAAGGGGAACUCCUUAGACACCAGAGGAUUCACACCGGUGAGCGCCCAUUUUCCUGUUCAGACUGCGGGAAAACAUUCACUCAGAAACAUAUACUACUUAGACAUAAGGAAAUCCACACAGGUGAGCAUCCAUUCUCAUGUGCAGAGUGUGGGAAAUGUUUCACCCAGAAAGGGGACCUUCUUAUACACCAGAGAACUCACACGGGUGAGCGUCCUUAUUCAUGUUCAGAGUGUGGGAAAAGUUAUACUCAAAAAGCAAAACUUCUUUCACACCAGCAAAGUCACACAGGCGAGCACCCUUUCUCGUGUUUAGAGUGCGGGCAAUUUUUUCUUCAGAAAGAGACCCUUCUUAGACACCAGAGAAGUCACACUGGUGAGCGUCCCUAUUCAUGUUCAGAGUGCGGGAAAGGUUUUAUACUUAAAACACACCUUCUUGUACACCAGAGAAUUCACACAGACGAGCGUCCUUUUUCUUGCUCAGAGUGCGGGAAAGGUUUCCGUGAGAAAGCUAAGCUUCUUAUACACCAGAGAAUUCACACAGGUGAGCGCCCUUUCUCAUGUUUAGAGUGUGGCAAAAAUUUCAUUCAGAAAGGGGACCUUCUUGUGCACCAGAGAAUUCACACGGGUGAGCGUCCUUAUGCCUGUUCAGAGUGUGGGAAAUGUUUUGUUCAGAAAGCACAGUUUAUUAGACACCAGAAAAGUCACACAGGCGAGCGCCCUUUCUCGUGUUUAGAGUGUGGGAAAGAGUGUGGGAAAUGUUUCACUGAGAAUAGAUUACUUCUUCGACACCAGAUUAUCCACACAAGUGAACGUCCUUUUUCCUGUUUAGAGUGCGGGAAAAGUUUCACUCACCAAGGAAAACUUUUUAGACACCAGAGAAUUCACACACACGAGCCUUCUUUUUCCUGUUCAGACUGCGGGAAAUGUUUCAAUGAAAAAGGAAACCUUCUUAGACACCAAAGAAUUCAUACAGGCGAGCGGCCUUAUUCGUGUUCAGUGUGCAGGAAAUGUUUCACUGACAAAGGAAAACUUCUUCGGCACCAGAGAAGUCACACAGGUGAACGUCCUUUUUCUUGUUCAGAGUGUGGGAAAGGUUUCGCUCAGAAAGGGGACCUUACUAUACACCAGAGAAUUCACACAGGUGAACGUCCUUUUUCCUGUUCAGAGUGUGGGAAGUGUUUCCGAGAGAAAGCAAAACUUCUCAGACAUCAAAAAAUUCACACAGGUGAGCGUCCAUUUUCAUGUUCAGAGUGUGGGAAAGGUUUUACUGACAAAGGUAACCUUCUCAGACACCAGAGAAUUCACGCAGAGCAUCACCAAAGACCGGAGGCCAAAGGUCAACAGGUCUCUGCUAGACCACAGAUGGACCAAACAUAUCAAGACGUGGAGCCGGGUCUGUCGGAUACACGAGGGAGAUUGGUGGCCCGGUAA